AUAAAAGCUGCAGGAAUGCCUGGCCGGGCGUUCACUCUUCGCUUGUGUGUCGUGGGAGUUGGUGUUCUGCAGCAUAGUGUCAAGGAUCGGACCGGCCGCAACACCAUGACCUCACCCGUGCGUACCCCCGUGCUGCUCUUGGCGUUUAUGGUCGCGCUGGGUCGGACCGCGCCCACGGACUCCAUCGACAGGGCGGUGCCGGCUCAGCCCCCGGUGCCGUGCACUCAGCAGAGAUUCCAGGAAUGGAAGACGAGGUCCGCCAACGCCCUGGACGCCCUCGAAGACACUCGCUACCAGCUGGACAAGAAACUGGAGAAACUUGGAGAGUUGGCGUCCCAGGAGGAUCGUGAGGACCGGGCAAGUCAGUUGAAGGACUCCACUGUGAAUGUCUUACGAGAAUUCUUCCAGUUUGGCGGCCUGAUCUUUCAAUGUCCUGACGAGGAUAUCAAACCGAUCGUUUAUCAGAUUGGAGUAGAAAUCCUUUCGCUGCACGAGCGGCUCCGCGACAUUGUGAACGAGGGUGUCCCGCACUCCACCCCAGACUCUGACGAAGACUCGUCCUCAAACUCUGCUUCACGAUCACACCAAACAAAAAGCCAAGUGCAAGAGUCUCCCAAAGAGGAAAAUGACAUUGCAUGCAUCCUUCGCGUGAUGAUCGAGAAGAAGAAAUCGAGGGAGGAUGCUGAAUCGGAGUGCCAGGGAUCCGAGGUGACUGAGAGAGAAGAUCAGAUUGGAUGCAUCCUUCGCGUGAUGACCCAGAAGAAGAAAUCGAGGGAGGAUGCUGAAUCGGAGUGCCAGGGAUCCGAGGUGACUGAGAAAGAAGAUCAGACUGGAUGCAUCCUUCGCUUGGUGAUCCAGGAGAAGAAAUCGAGGGAGGAAGCUGAAUCGGAGUGCCAGGACUCCGAGGUGCCUGAGAGAGAAGAUCAGACUGGAUGCAUCCUUCGCUUGGUGACCCAGAAGAAGAAAUCGAGGGAGGAUGCUGAAUCGGAGUGCCAGGGAUCCGAGGUGACUGAGAAAGAAGAUCAGACUGGAUGCAUCCUUCGCUUGGUGAUCCAGGAGAAGAAAUCGAGGGAGGAAGCUGAAUCGGAGUGCCAGGACUCCGAGGUGCCUGAGAGAGAAGAUCAGACUGGAUGCAUCCUUCGCUUGGUGAUCCAGGAGAAGAAAUCGAGGGAGGAAGCUGAAUCGGAGUGCCAGGACUCCGAGGUGCCUGAGAGAGAAGAUCAGACUGGAUGCAUCCUUCGCUUGGUGAUCCAGGAGAAGAAAUCGAGGGAGGAAGCUGAAUCGGAGUGCCAGGGAUCCGAGGUGACUGAGAGAGAAGAUCAGACUGGAUGCAUCCUUCGCUUGGUGAUCCAGGAGAAGAAAUCGAGGGAGGAAGCUGAAUCGGAGUGCCAGGGAUCCGAGGUGACUGAGAGAGAAGAUCAGAUUGCAUGCAUCCUUCGCGUGAUGAUCGAGAAGAAGAAAUCGAGGAAGGAAGCUGAAUCGGAGUGCCAGGGAUCCGAGGUGACUGAGAGAAACCAAAAAUAUCCAUUCAUGUAAAGGGCAACUUUAUUAUCAAUGCUUCAUGAUCCAUCGUGACCAAUGAUCUACGGAUGCAAAGUUACCGCUCAGAAAAAAAGCUGUACAUUUUGGUUGUGUUCUUCCAUCAUGCAGUCGUUUUGUCAGUCCACAUUGAGCUUUCGUGGGUAGAUUUGUACAAAAUUAUUUUACGAUUAUCUGAUUUAGCAAACAUAUAUAUUUAUAGGAUAUCAAUCUAGUUUACAUAUAAAAUCAAUGGUUAUGAAUAUUAAGUACAUUAUUUUAUAAAUUCCUUAUUCUUGUAAAAUUUACGUUAAUAGUGCAACAAAAUUGUCCUGAUACAUGUAUACAUGGCAUUUGAACUAUUUAGGGAUGAUGUGGAAAAUCAUAUGUCACUUUUUUGGCCUAAUGUCGCACCAAUCUUCAUCUAAAACGCAUACAUGUAUGUAAAUCUUCAUUCGAUCUAGGCCUAUAUAUUUUUGUCACCAGCGUAACCAGUAAAUUCUACAGUCAUUUUCACUCCAUUUUCCACUGGAAAAGUUUCAUUUAAUAAGCUAUCCGAUUUCACAAAGGUUUUGUAUUCUCAUUAAAACCAUAAUUCAUUGGUUAGGCUGGCAUAACGUUCCUGUUCUGAUUGACAUCUUAUUGGGGCAUUAAUUGUGUCUGAUUUCCAAAAUUGGUUAAUAUUUAGAUUGCUAUACGAACUUCCGUUGUUUUCAGAAUUAAAAAGUGCGUACAGCGCACUGGUGCAGUGUGGAGUAUGCAAAACUCA